UAUUGACAACUGUUAUUGGUGCGAUUAUUCAUAACAUUGAUUUAUCCAAAGUAUUAGAUAAACCUAAUAUUAUUCAACAAAUCGAACAUGCAUUAAUUAAACAUCAGGUUAUAUUUUUUCGCAAUCAACAUUUAACUCCAAAACAACAUCGUGAUUUUGCUCGUUUAUUUGGUGAUUUACAUUCACAUCCAUUUUAUUCUCAUGUUCAGGAUAUGCCUGAAUUAAUGGUUCUAGAAUAUGAUUCUGACAGAAAACCAAAUAAUGAUCAUUGGCACACAGAUAUAACAUUUACCGAAAAACCAGCACUUGGUUGUAUUUUGUAUGCACGUGAAAUUCCAUCUGUUGGUGGUGAUACACUAUGGUCAAGCAUGUAUUCGGCCUAUGAUGCUCUAUCAUUACCAAUGAAAAAUUUUUUAAGUACAUUAUCAGCUGAACAUUCUUAUGCAAAAAAUUUUAAUUUAACAAAUGUUCAUCUGCCUGAUGCUAAAGAAAAAUUAGAUAAAGCAACACAGGAGCUACCACCUGUUAUACAUCCUGUAAUUCGAACACAUCCAAUAACAAAACGUAAAUUAUUGUUUGUUAAUAUUACUUUUACAACACGGAUUAUUGGUUUGAGUGAAGUUGAAAGUGAUAUGUUAUUAAAUUAUUUAUUCAGUUUGGUAAAUAAACCAGAAUAUACAAUUCGAUGGCACUGGAAAGAAAAUGAUAUUGCAUUCUGGGAUAAUAGAUCAACUCAACAUUAUGCUAUUGGAGACUAUUGGCCUAAUCGUCGACGAAUGGAAAGAGCAACAAUUAUUGGUGAUAGACCUAUUUAA